AUGGGCGCAGCCACAUCGUCCCAGGCCCCAGAGGGGAAAUGCUUCCCCUUGAGCCAUAACGGUGGCCAUAAGACAACGAAAGAAGGACCGCCUUCAAUGUCAGUAUCGGAAGCUAAGAACAAGCUCUGGCUCCCCGUGUUGAUUGUCGUUCUCCUGGUGGUCAUUCUCAUUGCUUCGCUGAGCGCCGUCCAUUCAGAUACUCUGAACGCUCCGAGGAAUCAACAUAGGAUCUUGUCCCCUGCUCCACAAUUCCAAGCUGUACAAGCUCCUUUCCUCGAGAACCCUCGGUUCGACAACCUGACGACAAACCAACAGAUCAUUGAAGCAUGGGGUAAAUAUGGGCUCUCAAGCUACGGAUUCAUCACCAUACCGAACCCAGAAGCGUACGGCCUCCCACCGAAUAAGAAUGUCAUCCCUGGCACGAAGAACGCCUACAUGAUUUCAGUCUACCACCAGCUGCACUGCCUCAAGGCUUUGCAUAUGGCCCUCCUUCCGGUCGUUACGCGGCAGGAGACCCUUUCGUCUAGUACUGCAGGGGGUCAUGGGUUUGAACAUAAUCACAUUGCGCAUUGUCUGGAUUAUUUGCGACAGUCGGUGAUGUGUUCUGGGGACGUGACUUUGGAGCCGCCGGACGAGAAGCCAGAGAAGGGAAAGAGUCCACUACAAGGGUGGGGAGUGAAGCACGUUUGUCGAAAUUGGGAGGAGAUUGAGGCAUGGCGGGGGGAAUUGGGGGUGAUUUAA